GAGGUGCCUCCAUAUUUGAGGGAGAACAUCAAACAAAAACCAUCAGUGGAUACAACACGCUGAAGGCAGAAGUUAAGAGAAAGAAGAAGAACAUGAUUGGGAACCAGCCUGAGCCUCAGGCCCAGCUCCAGUUCCAGCUUCUUCCCCAGCCACAGUUUCAGCUCCAGGUCCUCUCUGAACCCCAGCCCAGCCCCCAGGCCCAGGUCCUCUCUGAACCCCAGGCCCAGCCCCAGGCUCAGGCCCUCUCUGAACCCCAGCCCAGCCCCCAGGCUCAGCCCCAGGCCCAGCCACAGACUGUUCCCCAGCCUGAAGAGGAAGUGAAAACCAGGGUGUUCUCCAGACUCCUCCUCUUCCUCUUGGGGUCCUCCCUCUGCGUCUCGGUUUUGGGCCUGGCCUAUUACUCCCAUCAGAACCUCGCAGCAGUUGGCACAGAGGUCAAAAAGGCAGAUAACCCUAACCCUAACCCAGCCGUGUUCCCAUGCCUGACCCCUGCUUGCCAGGAGGCCUCUGCUCGUCUUGCCCUGUCCGUUGACCCUUUCACCCAGCCUUGUGACUACUUCCUGUUCACCUGUGGGUCGGACGGGUCCUCUCUAACCAACAGAGGGAGACAGAGAGGCAAGGGGCUCCCUCCACGCCUGCAGGUUGAGAGAAAGAGGGAUGUAGAUGCUGGCAGGCAAGGGAGAGGACGGAAGGAGAGACAGACUGACAGAGAAGAGGAAGAGGUGACUGACAGAAUGCUGGACAGACAGACUGCUCUGCUGCAGUCACUGAAGGCCAUUCUGGAGGUGGAGGAUCUGUCUGGACCUGCCAGCCCAGCGGUGCAGAAGGCCCGGGGGUUUUAUCGCUCCUGUAUGGAGAAGGGACCCACUGAGAGCGCCGGAGCAGAACCCUUUCUCAGACUCAUCCAGAAGCUCGGUGGGUGGGCGGUGUCGGGUGCGUGGAAUCAGACCGACUUUAACUCCACGCUCUCUCUGUUGAUGAGGGACUAUGCCACCUUCCCGUUCUUUAACCUCUAUGUAGGCAAGGACCCCAACGACGUAGAUCCAAGGAGCAACAAGAAAUACAUACAGAUUGACCAGCCUGAUUUCCAGAUUCCCAUCGUAUGGAGCAAUGAGAAGCAAAAGUCAAAAGCGAACACUCAGACCUUGCGUCCGUUCCUAGCAUCGUGUGAGAAGUACCUGGCUCUGCUGGGCUCCGCCCCCAUCAGCAACAGUCUCCAUGUGGGCCUGUUCAUCUCUCUGUCCUCGGAGCUCGCGGUAACCGCUGCCCCUCUACACCACCGCCUGCAGCUGGGGCUGCUGUACCAGCGCAAGACCAUCAGAGAGCUGCAGACCUUGGCCCCUGCUAUCGAUUGGCUGGGCUGUCUGCAGGCUGCCUUCCAUCCACACCCAGUCAGCCAAUUGGAUCAAGUCUUACUGCACAACCUCCCUUACAUCAUUCAAAUGUCUCGCAUCAUUGGCAAAUGGCUCAACAAACAUGAACUGAGCGCCAGCGGCCCUAUUCACACCUACAUGAUCCUGUCUCUGCUGCAGACUUUCAUACCUGCCCUGGACUCCAGGUUUUCUGAGACGGACAGGAAGUUCUCAUCGGCUCAAGGGUACACUGAGAAGCAGAAACUCCCUCGCUGGAAGCAGUGUGUUUUGGAGACAGAGAAAGGCUUUGACACUGUGCUCACAUGCCUUCUUCACAAGACGACCGUUCACAAAGAAAUGGAGGAGAUGACUGAGAAUAUAUUUUCCUCCUUGAAGUCCAAACUGGCAGAUCUCAAAUGGAGGGAUGAGGAAUCUCACCAGUCGGUUGUAAAUAAGGUUUGGUCUUUAACUCCAAGAUUGUCAUCUAAAGGAGCCAUCCUCCAUGACACAGAACUAGACCAAAUGUUCUCAAAGGUGACGAUCAGGGAACAUGACUACUUCUCCAACUAUGUCCAGUCCCUCUCCCUUCAGCAGAAGAAACGCAUCGAUCUCUUCUCCGAGACAGAGGAAAAUAAUUUGUCAAUCACUUUAUUUAUCUCUGGGGAGGAUCUGGUAUUUCCCAUAGGACUGUUUGUACCACCUCUCUUCCACCCUACGUAUCCCCCAGCUGUUAACUACGGGGUUUUAGGUUCUUUGAUUGCCAAAGACAUCCUUCACCUCCUUCUGCCAGACAUCCAUUCUCAGAGUGAGACCGUUCAGACAGUGGGGGAGUGUGUGUGGGAGCAUUACGUCAGAGUGACACAGGGCGCGGGGAGAGUGGGCGCUUUCUCGCUAUCCUCAGCGCAACGGCAGGAGAUGUGGGUGCAGUACUCCGCCCUGCAGGUGGCGCUGCAGGCUUAUCAUCUAAAUCUGAAGCAGCGACCUGAUGAUUCAUCUCUAUCGGGUCUUUCGCACACUCACCUGUUUCUCACCUCAUUCACUCAGAUUAACUGUGACUCCGACCCCUAUCGUGAGUUCAUGCCUUUUGAGCCUUCCUUCCUGGUGACGGUUUUAUGUACAAACUCUGAACUCUGCCCAACGACCAUGACCUGCCCCGACAAACCACAACAGAAUUUAACAAACACCUGCUGAGGUGACUAGCAAAGACAUUGAAAGACUAUGCCUACAAUGUUACAGAGCUUCAAGUUCCAAUGAAGUGCGCCCGUCAAGUGGCUACAGUGGCCGCUGAGGAGUUUGUGGUCAAGCCUGUUGCUCAUAUGGAUAGUUAUGGUAACCUACGAUCUCAUGAAACGCAUAGGUCACCUAUGCAGACUAUGCACAGAAUGUCGAUUGAAGCAAAUCAGUGACAUAAUGUUUUGAAUUUGAAAAGGCAUUGAAUACUUAAUAGGCCUAUUGAAAUUUAAACACCAUCGAAUAUGUUGGUUUUCAAUUCACCUAUUUAAAAUUGAAAUAUACAUUUAUUUAUAUGUAAAAAACAGAAUUUGAUCAAAAAUUCAAGGUUCGGAAAUUCCGGUUGCUCAAAUUGGAAUGGUGAAAUUCAGAUCCCAAAUAUUCGAACAAAAGAAAUUGGAGCCGAAUUAAUUCGAUAAUUUUGAAAGGAAAACAACAGCAAAAAAAAGCCGUUUAAGUAAAAUGUAGAUAUUUGUGCAAAUUUGUAGUUGUGUGUUUCUUUUUUGCCAAAAAUAAAGUAGCCUACAAAAACAUUGA